ACGUAGGCGGCGGCGGGGGCUGCGGCGGUAGCGGUAGCGGUUACUAGGCGGCCCGCGGCGUACCAUGGCCCUGGCCCGGCGUCCCCGGCCUCUCCUCACGGAGUCCUCGGGCAGCGUCGCGGACUGGGAAGACUUCCGGGAAGGAACUGACAAGCGACGGAGCGGCGGUCGGCGCGCUUAGCGCCCCGAACAUGCAGCAGUCCCUGCGGGCGACCCCGGGCUGCGGAGAGGCGGCAGCGGCGGCUCUGGAGGGAAGGAGGCGGCGGCGGCGGCUCGGGAGGAAAGGAGGCGGCGGCGCCGGCGGAGGUGGCGGCGGGGACUGCCGGCGCCCGGCGCGGAGCCCUAGGGAGGCUGCUUGGCGCGGCCUGGGGCCUCGUCGACCAGGAUGUUGUCCCGAAAGAAAACCAAAAACGAAGUGUCUAAGCCUGCCGAGGUGCAGGGCAAGUACGUGAAGAAGGAGACUUCGCCUCUGCUGCGGAAUCUCAUGCCUUCAUUCAUCCGGCACGGUCCAACCAUUCCAAGACGAACUGAUAUCUGUCUUCCAGAGUCAAACCCUAAUGCCUUUUCAGCUUCUGGAGAUGGAAUAGUUUCAAGAAACCACAGUUUCCUUAGAACUCCAAUUCAAAGAACACCUCAUGAAAUAAUGAGAAGAGAAAGCAACAGAUUAUCUGCACCUUCUUAUCUUGCCAGGAGUCUAGCAGAUGUCCCUAGGGAAUAUGGCUCUUCUCAGUCAUUUUUAACAGAAGUUAAUUUUGCUGUUGAAAAUGGAGACUCUGGUUCCCGAUAUUAUUAUUCAGAUAAUUAUUUUGAUGGUCAGAGAAGGCGCCCACUUGGAGAUCGUACACAUGAAGACUAUAGAUAUUAUGAAUACAACCACGAGCUCUUCCAAAGAAUGUCACAGAAUCAGGGGAGGCAUGCUUCAGGUAUUGGAAGAGUUGCUGCUACAUCUUUAGGAAAUUUAACCAGCCAUGGUUCUGAAGAUUUACCCCUUCCUCCUGGCUGGUCUGUGGACUGGACAAUGAGAGGGAGAAAAUAUUAUAUAGAUCACAACACAAAUACAACUCAUUGGAGCCAUCCUCUUGAGCGAGAAGGACUUCCUCCAGGAUGGGAACGAGUUGAGUCAUCAGAAUUUGGAACCUAUUAUGUAGACCACACAAAUAAGAAGGCUCAAUAUCGGCAUCCCUGUGCUCCUAGUGUACCUCGGUAUGAUCAACCUCCUCCUGUCACAUACCAGCCACAGCAAGCUGAGAGAAAUCAGUCCCUUCUGGUACCUGCAAAUCCGUAUCAUACUGCAGAAAUUCCUGACUGGCUUCAGGUUUAUGCUCGAGCUCCUGUGAAAUAUGACCACAUUCUGAAGUGGGAACUCUUCCAGCUAGCUGACCUGGAUACAUACCAGGGAAUGCUGAAGUUGCUUUUCAUGAAAGAACUGGAACAGAUUGUCAAAAUGUAUGAAGCAUACAGACAGGCUCUUCUCACAGAGUUGGAAAACCGCAAGCAGAGGCAACAGUGGUAUGCCCAGCAACAUGGCAAGAAUUUUUAAUUUUUAAAAAUAAAAUUUAAGUUUUAUAAGGGCUUAAAAAUAUUUUCACAGAAAAAGGCCGCAAACAAGUUCUUUGGUUAAUAAAGGCAGCUUACUUUUUGGAAAUAAUAAAAUUCUAAUUUUACAUGUAUUUUGUUAUCAAAAAUACUCUUAUUGAGCAAAAAAAAAUGAGUAUCAUUUUAAGAGCCAUCAUGGCAAACACUUUUAGAUGCUGCAUGUUAGGAACUGCUUUGAAUAUUCUCAGUGGAGACAAAUGCAGCAAUUUCCUAUUUAAUAACCAGAUAUUAAAAUAGGAAAUGAUCACUUGGUAAACUCUUACAAUAGCAGUACCUUUCUUUAAAAAACAGAAUGAGAGAUAACCUAUGCAGUAUUUAAGAAAAGAUGUUUACUGCUUUAGUGUGGAACAUUGUCUGGAAUCAGAUGGUUUAAAUUUUUACUAUUGUGUAUAGUUCAAAACAUAAAAUAAGAUUUGGGACCUUAUUUGUGAUAAUUUUUUAUAUAUAAUUUAUGGGGUUCCCUUCUCCCCCAAAAUGUAAAGAACCCUUUAAAAUGUGUUGAGAAAGUAUUUUAUGGUAUGAAAGGGUGAAAGGCCUGUAAUCUUUCAAGAAUAAAUUUAGGCAUAAGGCACAGCACUCAAAGUUGCUAACCUUACACCCUUACAUUCAGCCAGAGCUCUUACAGCAUGUACGAUCAUGGCUCUAUUGAGACAGUAGAGGGUUCAUGACAGCAUAGCAUGCUGCCGUCCUAACAAACUGGGUUGAGCUGCCAAAAAUGACAAUCAGGGAUUCAUUAAGACAUCUUGCCAAUAAAUUGAUUUUACAUAUCUUUUAUCGUAUAGGAGUUUGUCCCAGAAUUGUAAAACCCAGUAUUUCCAUCCCAAUUUUUUUCCUUUUGGUUUUAUGGUUAUUAAGACAUUGUUCAUAAUUGGUAUAGUACAUUUGAUUGCAGACAAAUCUUUGGCAUUUCUAGCCUAUAAAUCUCUAGAAUUCUGUGAACUUCAACAUUAGUUGAAGUAGCUCUUUAGUUAUAUUUACAUGUCUUGUAAAUAUGUAAAUACACUUUUAGUUUAGGUAAUCUUCCAGAAUACAAAGCACUCCCAGUUAGAUAACGGCGAAUUUGCAUUGUUGAUAAAAUGUUGGAAAUCUUAAAUGUUUGAUUUUAUACAAUAAGCUUAUUAAAUAUAUUUUUGUGGAAACUAAA